UCAAUGUCAAAAUUAUUGUCAUUUUGACAUUGACAGUAAUAUUUUUGUCGAUUUUGUAAAAUCGCAAAAAUGUCCGUGGGCAAAUUUUUAGCUUUAGACAAGUUAGGAAACUUCUUCAAUAUAUUACGCCAAAAUGGAGGGAUCCGAGGGGUCUUGUUCAAACUCUACAGACAAGACGAAGUGAAAGACGGUGUGCUGAUCGGCGAGGACAAGCACGGCAACAAAUACUUCGAGAACCCUCGCUUCUUCUACGGCAGGAACCGAUGGGUGGAGUACAACGACAACUACCACAUGAGCUACGAUGCUAGCCAGGUGCCCUCUGAAUGGUAUGGCUGGCUACACUACAAAACAGACCUGCCUCCACACCAGGAUCCCAGUCGCCCAAAGUACAAAUGGAUGAUCGAUGGAAACGAGAACCUGUCAGGCACCAUGGGUCAAUACACCCCAUACACCACCACAAGGCCCAAAGUUGAGCCCUGGGUGCCUAAAAAGGCCCAGUAAGUGGUCCAUAGAUCCUGAAGAGAACAGCAAAAAUAUUCAACAAGAUGUAAAUUGACAGCCAGUUUUAUUUCAAUUAAAUCAUCCAGAUACAUUUA